AUGCGGUGGGAAGUGGAAACAUCAUCUCCUCCUCCUCCUCCUCCACAAUUCUCCGCCAUGUUCCAGAAACUAGCCAUUGCCGUCAAAACCAAGACUUUCGAGUUCUUCACCGAAGACGACGAAAAGCCCCAUGGUUUCUCUCUCCUCGACUCCUCCGAAGACUUCAUCACCGAUCAGAAAGUCGUCGUCCUCAAACCCGACGAUGCCAAGACCAAGACUUUGGUUAAACCCAAGCUCUCUCAGAUUAGGAAGUUAGAUACCCAGAUGGGAUUGAGUCUGAUCUCGUCCCUUUUCGCGACGGUGUCCUCUUUCGAAGCUUCGUAUCUUCAAUUACAAUCCGCACACGCUCCCUUCGUCGAGGAAAGCGUCAAGGCUGCUGAUAGAGCUCUCGUCUCCAACCUCCAGAAACUAUCUGAUCUGAAGCGGUUUUAUAGAAACUAUCGACAAAGUUUGGAUCUUGAGACCGGUUUAGCUGUUGGGUCUUCGUGCUUAGAAUCUAGGGUUCAGGAGAAUCAGAGCAAGCUUAGAGCUUUGGGAACGGUUUCAAACCGGUUACAAGGUGAGAUGGACGCUAAGGAUUUGCAGGUUUGGAGUCUGAGGAACAAGUUAAGUGAGGUUCAAAAGUCUAACUCGAAGUUAUCAAAGAGAUUGUCUGCAAACUCUGGUGAUGUUCUGUUAUCAGUUAGGGUUUAUGAGUCUAUUUUGCAUGAUGCAUUGAAAGAUGUGAAGAAGUUCACUAGGGUUUUGAUUGGGCUGAUGGAAAAGGCUGGGUGGGAUUUGGAUUUAGCUGCUAGGUAUGUUCAUCCUGAGGUUGAGUAUGAUAAGAAGGGACAUAACCGGUAUGCGUUGUUGUCUUAUGUUUGCUUGGGGAUGUUUCGUGGUUUCGAUGAGGCUGAUGAACAGAGGUGUUGUUCUUCUUCGUUGAGGGAAUUGAUGCAGCAUGUGCCUAGCAAUCCCAUGGAGCUUCUUGAAAGAGAUAAAGAUUGUGCAUUCUCUAGGUUUUGCGAUAACAAGUAUCACGAGCUCAUUCACCCGAACAUGGAGUCUUCUAUAUUCAGCAACAUGGAUCAAACAGAAGCUGUGUUGAGUUCUUGGAGGUCUUUGAGCACAUUCUAUGAGUCUUUUGUCACGAUGGCUAGCUCGGUCUGGACACUUCAGAAACUAGCAUUGUCUUUUGAUCCUGUGGUUGAGAUUUUCCAAGUUGAAAGUGGAGUUGAUUUUUCGAUUGUUUUCAUGGAGAAUGUGUUGAGAAGAAAACAAGAUAAGAAGUUGUCGGUGAAUCCUACUCGAGCCAAAGUAGGAUUCACAGUGGUUCCUGGGUUUAAAGUUGGAUGCACGGUGAUCCAGUCUCAAGUAUACCUUAGUGGCUCCGAAUGUAAAUGAAAGAGACCAGAGGUAGGCUCAAGUUUCAUCCAGUGAAGCUGGUUCAAGAGACUUGGCAGCUAGGAGAAUAUAAGGGUUAAUUUUUUUUACUUUCUUACUCAUGUGAUUAACUGUGUUCUUAGAGUCUUGGUUUGGGUUCUGUAAAGAAAUUUUAUAAUUCUUUAUCUUCAUCUUAGUAAGUUGCAGAUUGAUGAUCAUCAAAUAUAAGUUUUACUUUUACCCAAGUGUUUCUUUUACAUGUGGUAUAUUUGAUCGAAUGUAACAUUUAGCUGUGUGUGUUGAUGAUUAUCAAAUACUAGAUAUUGCCCGCGCUA